AUGUCUUCUUUUGCUAGAAGAGGCUGUUUCAAGUGUGGUAACGUUGGACAUUUUGCUGACUCUUGUCCCGAAUCCGAAAGGCUUUGCUAUAAUUGUAAACAACCUGGUCACGAGGCAAAUUUAUGCCCUCAACCCAGAACUGCCGAUGCUAAACAAUGUUACUCGUGUGGUAGCGUUGGACACCUUCAAGCUGAUUGCUCCUCUGUUCGUGUUAACGGUAAUGCGGGUGGAAUCGAACGAAGUGACAGAGGAGAUCGAGGUGACAGAGGUGGUUAUGGUGGUGGCGGCGGGGGCGGUCGUUGCUAUAAUUGCGGUCGCUUUUCCCGCGAUUGUCCAAAUGCUCCAAAUUCAUCCGAUAAAUCUGAGAAAACUUGUUACCGCUGUGGUGAGCGAGGUCACAUUUCAAAGGAUUGUAAUAGCAGCGUUCAAACAAGCUAG